GCACUUGGCACACUUUGGUUUAUUACCAAUAGAGUAUGCUAGUAAACCCAUGAAAAUUAUUAUAUUUCUAUUGUUAUGUAUUGUUUCAGAUCUUUAUUAUUUGUUUCUUUAUUUUAUUUUUCAUUUCUCUUUUUGCUUAUCUAAUGGUGAUGUGGACCCGAUGACGGAGCAAUACGUCUUUCACAACUCCUGUAUUUUUUAUAUUACCCAAGAGCUUUAAUGUUGAAACUUCUUAAUUAAAUUCACAAAUAAAAUACCUCUGGCUUCUCUUUAAAAUACAGCAGUACGAUAGAAAAACUGUUCAAGGGUUUGGGAUCUUAAUAACACAAAAGCGUGAAUUGGUAAUAAUUGGCAGUGACGUCAUUAAUCAGGUGGACGAUUUUGGGUAAUAAUGUGGGUUAAAUGUCGCGGAAUUAUAUAAAUUCUCGCUUUUCAGAAAACGGUAAUUCAAAAUACAAAAUGAAUUUUAUUUAAAAAAAAAACAUGCUAGAUAUACAGUCGGGUGUAAAUAUUAACCUUGAGAAAAAAUUUCAUGGUAUUUUCAGCAUAGUGCUUAACAUCAAAAUAUCUCUGAUCUAUUCCCCUCUUAGAAGACAUUAGAAUAGGAAAAUGAUUUGCACUCGUCAGAGCUAUGGACGAUUGCUUUGUACUGGACUAUACUUCUUUUUAUGCGGAGUGGAAUACGCUGUUAUUCUACCGACUCUAAAUGGAUAUCUCAUAUCUCUCGAUGGACCCACUGGAUUUCUUGGGAUUAUCAUGUCUUCGUUCAGUCUUACUGGAUUAUUAUCAGCACCGAUAUAUGGGCGAAUAGCUGAUAAGACUGGCGCUAAUAAGAUGUGCGCCAUCAUCAGCAACAUUUUUGAGAUUAUUGGGAAUUUCAUGUAUUUUGUAGGCGGAGAUUACCGGAUAUUGUGGGGCGCGAGAUUGAUAUCCGGAGUUGGAACCGGAGCUGGAUCUUCCUACUUCGGCAUGAUCUCAAAGACGACAACUACAAAGCAAAGAACUGGGGUCUUAUCUAUGCUGGGCUUCAUGAGAAAUGUGGGUAUGCUUACUGGUCCCGGAUUCAAUCUGUUCCUAAGUCAGCUGGAUUUUAAACUUGGACCAUUUGAUGUGAAUGAGUUUUCUUCACCUGGACUUUUUAUGACAGGAAUGUGGACAAUACAUACGAUACUUGUAAUGCUACUUUUCAAGGAUGUUCAAAAAGACUUCUGGGCUGAAGAUAGUGAACCGACGCGACAAAGCAAUAACGGCAUGCUACAGAACAGUGAGCAUUCUAACGAAAGAACAAAUUCCCCGGAAAUUCCUAAAACAACUAGAAGUUUCCGUGACGAGUUUUUGAGGCAAGAAGUUCUGGUCUGCCUGCUCGUCUCGUUCAUGUCUUGGGUAGCGCUGACUGGGUUCGAAUCAGCAGCGACACCGAUCAGCUUAUUAUUUUUCGGCUGGGGCGGAAUUAGUAAUAGCUUCAUGUUUUGUGCAGGGGGUGCUGCUAUAAUCUUUGUGUACGCAGUAAUUGGCGUUGUCAACAGAAAGCUGACGGAUCGAUUUAUUCUGCUGGCAGGUUGUUCUGGUGGUGUAUUAUGUUAUUCAAUAUUCACGGUUUACUCCACUGUUUUGUAUUUUAGAAAAGAUGUCGAAAAUCCUGACUGGCUUUUGCCAUUAUUUUGGGUUGAUUGGAUUAUUUUAACAAUGUGUUUCCCGCUCAUUAUUAUUCCAAUGAUGUCACUGUAUUCAAAAAUAACAAGCAUUGAGACACAAAGUUUCAAUCAGGGUGUUCUGCUCAUGUUUGCUGGCGCUGGUCGUAUCCUGGGCCCGUUGUGGUCUGCGCCAAUGGUGACUGAAAAACGUUUGCCUAUUUUAGGCGGUCUUGUUCUCAUUUUGAUGUUUGUUGCUGUAGUCUUGAUAUGUACGACGUUCAAAAAACUUGUACCGCGUGACAAUCAAACUCAGACAAACGGACACACGACCAACGGUAAUGCAUUAGCGAACGAAAAGACCCCUUUAUUGAAUAUCGAUAAAAUUCAUGCAUGAUAUAGCUAAUAAAAUAUAUUUGAUUUAUUUUAAAUAUCAGGUCUUUUGAACUUUUGUGCUGCUUUUCAUAUCAUGGGUGAUGAUAUAAAACUCAUUGCAAUUUUUUACAAUAUCUUAGAAAAUUGAUGUUUUUGUUCUGUCAACAGCAGUCCAAGAUGUCAUGUACACAAACCGUAUACCGUAUAUAUAUAAAUAUACAUAUAUAUUUUGUUCUGAGCAUAUUAACUUUUUAACUUUUCCUAGUGCUGGGUGAACAAUUAUUAUAUUGAGCAGAAUAAUCCGUAGAUUGUUUGAGGGAGCCAUCAAAAUCUCACUUAGAGAGAAACAUCACGACUAGGAAAAUUUUUGUGAAACUUUGUGUGACGAUAAUGUACAGAUUUUAGACCGAAUAUAUGGACUGGUGCUGUUCUUCUGUACUCACAAAACCAUCAUGGGCCCAAUGAUGAGAUAAUUAUUGAACUUCAUGUACCAAUUUCGAACGUUUCUCGUGUAGUGGUGAUAUUUUUACGAUAGUCAGAAAUAAAAUGUCAUUAUAUGAUUGAUG